AUGAGAAUUUCAAGGAAGGAGUGUUCCAGUGAGGUUAUCCUCUCUGACUGCUUCUUUGGCCCAUUCGGAGGCCAGGCCUUACCUCCUGAUGAGCAUUCAUGUGCAGCUGGUAUUGACAGUAUACCUGGUGGCUUACCUUCCAAGCUCUUGGGAUCCAGCGAUCUUGCUCAAAUUGGUCGGGUUGCAUUAAGCACAUAUGGACCGACAGUUGGCUUCAUUCGGACGCCCGGUCACCACCGAGCCACUUGUGUGGCUCUAAAUAACUCAGCUGUUCUCGGACUCUUCUUCGCCCCUCCUGCAGGAUUGGCCACAAAUUUCGGACAGUUCGAUUCUUUGGUAGCAGCAUCAGCAAAAGCCACUCAACUCGUUUCUGGGUUUGAAACUAGCAUUCUCCAAUCUGCUUCCAGGAAUUUGGUCGAGCUAGUGUCUGCGACGCCUAUGGGCUAUAGGCAACAAGACGUUCUUCGACUACAAACUGCUUUUUAUACACUGAGCGCGAUUGGUACGCCUCAACUAAACAUGGAUAACUCCUGGCUUCCGUUGACUUUUGUUGGGCAGGAUUGUGACGUGGCUGAACCGAUCAGGUAUAGGCAUAUGAAGCUCACGUAA